ACCACAUUGAAUCCAAGUGCCAAAUGGGACAGGCCUCUCAGCACUGACCUGUCCACAGAAGCUGACAUUGGUCGAGUGAAGACAUAUCGUAACAACCAUAUGCAUGGUACAGCCAGGCUUCCAGCAGCAAUAUUUCAAAGUGACUUUGAGGGUCUCAAGACAGUACUGUUACGUUUGUCAAACAUUUAUACAGACCAAGACUAUGGCCAAAUUCUCAUACAACCAAUGCAAUCCUCAGGAGUACCUACUGCUUGUCAACUCAUGUCUGUAAACCUCCCUAGAAAAGACGGUAACUUUUGUGGACGAGAGGAUUUGUUAACUGAAAUUCAACAAGAGUUGGUAGAGCACAAGACAGAAGUUUUUCUUUUGACAGGAAUGGGUGGUAUUGGCAAGACCAGCAUUGCUGUAGAGAUGGGGCAUCGCAUGAGUAGUGAAGGUAGAGAUGUUUUGUUUUUAGAUAUGAGACAGGUUGAAAAUCUUGAUUCUGUUCGGUUAUCACUUGUGCAACACUACAAUCCUCAGAUGUUCUUGAAAGAAAUAUAUGAUGACUACCAAAACUUAUUUCAAAAGGCUCUUUCUGAGCUAAACUCAUCAACUAUGGUUAUCAUUGACAGCAUUGAUAAGUUUUUGAGAGGGUUGGAAGUGUUAAUUUUGCAAUGGGGAAGUAUGAUGAUGCUUUGGAAUACCACAAGAAAAGUCUUGAAAUACGUGGAGCUGCUUGGCACAGAGCACACUGAAACUGCUGACUCGUACAACAAUAUUGGCCAUGUGCUACGUGACAUGGGUAAGUAUGACGAUGCUCUGAAAUAUUUUAAGAAAGGUCUUGAAAUACACGAAGAGGUGUUUGGCACGAAACACACUAAUAUUGUUGACUCCUAUAACAAUAUUGGCCUUGUACUACGUGACAUGGGUAAGUAUAAUGAUGCACUGCUUUAUCAAAUGAAAGGUCUUAAAAUUCGUGAAGAGGUGCUUGGUACCAAACACAUUAAAACUGCUGACUCAUAUAACAAUAUUGGUGCUGUGCUACAUCACAUGGGUAAGUAUGAUGAUGCACUGAAUUACUAUAAUAAAAGUAUAGACAUAUUCAAAGAGCUGCUUGGAACCCAACACACUGCAACUGCUGACUUAUACAACAAUAUUUGCCUUGUUUUAUCUGACAUGGGUAAGUAUGAUGAUGCACUGAUUUAUCAAAAGAAAAAAUUAGAAAUAUGCAAAGAGCUGCUUGGAACCCAACAUUCUGCAACUGCUGAAUCAUACAACACUAUUGGUUAUCUGCUACGUGUCAUGGGUAAGUAUGAUGAUGCCCUGACAAACAGUUUGGAAAGUCUUGCAAUAUAUGAAAAGUUGUUUGGUGCCAACCACAUUAAAACUGCACAAUCAUAUAACCAUAUUGGCCUUGUGCUAUGUGACAAUGGCAAGCAUGAUGAUGCAUUGGCAUAUCAAAAGAAAAGUCUUAAAAUUUGUGAAGAGGUGCUUGGUACCAAACACACUAAAACUGCUGAGUCAUAUAACAAUAUUGGCAAUGUGCUAUGUGUCAUGGGUAAGUAUGAUGAUGCAUUGGCAUAUCAAAAGAAAGGUCUAAAAAUUCGUGAAGAGGUGCUUGGUGCCAAACACACUAAAACUGCUGAGUCAUAUAACAAUAUUGGCUGUGUGCUAUGUGACAUGGGUAAGUAUGAUGAUGCAUUAGCAUAUCAAAAUAAAUGUCUUAAAAUUCGUGAAGAGGUGCUUGGUGCCAAACACACUAAAACUGCUGAGUCAUACAUAAACAUUGGUCAUGUACUACGUGACAUGGGUAAGUAUGAUGAUGCACUGAUGCUUCAUAAGAAAGGUCUUGAAAUUUAUGAAGAGUCACUUGGUACCAAACACAUUAAAACUGCUGGUGCAUAUACAAAUAUUGGUGUUGUGCUAUUUCUCAUGGGUAAGUAUGAUGAUGCACUGAAUUACCUUAAUAAAAGUUUAGAAAUAUGCGAAGAGCUGCUUGGAACCCAACACACUGCAACUGCUCACUUGUACAACUUUAUUGGUGUUCUGCUACGUGCCAUGGGUAAGUAUGAUGAUGCCCUGACAUACAGUUUGAAAAGUCUUGAAAUAUAUGAAGUUAUUUUGUGCCCACCACUUUAA